AUGACGCGUGCAGAGGGCGGGCGUGCGGUGGACAGCGCGCAGUGGACGGCGCGUGCGGCGGACGGCGCGGAACUGCCCUCUAUCUCAUCCUUUUGUAAGCAGCUGGGAGGUUUUCAAACGCUGGCGUACAUCCAGAAGGUGUCGACGUUUCGCUCGGUGUUGAGAUUGCGCCGCGCUGAGCAAAUGUUCGGGAAACUCCAAUCGACAAUGCAAUCACGUUUACAGAAGGAUGCGUCCGAGCGAUCCAGGUAUUGA